AUGGCUCUCGAGUUAUCUGAUGCGCAUGCCAUUCUGCUUGCUACAAAUCUUUGCGCAGGUGGUAACGUGGCGGACUUGCCUAAUCUACAAGCCCAAUUUCCCCAUUGUUUUCCGUUUGAGCGCCUCCUACGCAUUAUCUUGACCUUCCUCCCAGAGAGCACGGAGCCCUCUAGCUAUACUUCGGUGCUGCAAGAGUUAGAAACUGGGUCUACUACAUCAGCAGACCGAGCUAUCGACACUUCUGCGGUCCAAAAUUUGACUGAAGCGGUUGCUCGAAAGCGCGUGCGGAAGCUCAAUCUCCGACCACUACAACGCCCCGACGAGGAAGCCGAAGUUGCUUCAGCGGACCCUUUGACUCAAUUUCUCAUUCACCGAGCGCAUUUAAUCGAUUCUGAAACAGCGCUACAGCCCCUCAUACUCGAACUCCUCCUACCCUUCUACGAGCGUUCUCAAAUCAUUAGAACAUGGCUCAUCUCCAGCCUAUUACCAUUGCUUCGACUCAACUAUGAAUUAUACGCCAAUCGCGACGAAAACAUAUCGCUUGAAGUACUUGAGUCGAUGGACGAUCAGACCGCAAUCAACAUACUCUUGUCUUUGGUCAGCGACGAGGGCGCCAGCAUGGAUUUGGUUAACAACUUGAAAGGCUUGAUUGGGCCUUGGCUCUAUGGCGGCAGUCGAUCAAAGCGAAGAAGACUCAACGAAGCGGCGCAACAGAGUUCGGUCUCAUUCAUUCAAGGAUCCGAGAAACCUCAACCGACUGAAUUGGCUGGAUGGGAACAUGUCAACGAAUGGCUAGUAUCGCGGAGUCUGGUGGAUCACGAAAGCGUUGUGAGUGCUUUCAAGCAUUGGGAUGGACCGUCAGAUGUCGAUCUAGGCGGGUAUGAAAAGCCCGAAGAUCGACUCCCAGACGACAAGGCGAGAGAACUGCAGGCUCGAUAUGGCCAAUCUGGUCUUGCCGUGGUGUAUGCCCAUGCAGAUUCAUCGACGGCUGUGCUGGAGGGUUCCUUUCAGGUUUUAACCAGAAUUGCGAAGCUCCUCGAUCUUGAAGACAGCGUGUACCUCAGAACUGAUUCGGAGCUUCCAUCUGUGCACUAUGACACCGAGCCUGUUUCCUCAACGUCCCGCGCAUCGCUAUUACAGAAUUCUCUCUUGAGACCGACAAAUCCUCUAACGAAACCAUCACCUUCGUCAAUAUCGUUCCUCAGUGCUUUGCUUCUCUCUCUUCGUAUAUUGACCGAACUUGGUCAUCUUGUUCCCUGCCGAGUUGCAGCAAACACGUGUUUACACAGCACCGAGGAAAUGCAACUAGUUGAGCUUAAAAACGCAGUAGAAUCUACUGUGAAGCAACCCAAGCCACACCAAGAUUGGCCAAUGGUCCGACAAAAAUUGCUUUGGCUUCGAGAUUGGCAAGCAGAACAGUCAGAUAGCGCAUGGGAUGAACCUUCAUCCUACCAUGGACUUUUCUGGAGAAUUCCGCGAGAGACGGUUGAGACAGAGAUAUUAAAGGCGCUCCUAGCAGCCAAGGAGUAUCAAUUGGCCGUCGACUUAUAUACCAACUCCAAACCAGCGCCUCUCAAUCCUGCCCGGGUAGAAGCAGCGGUUCAAGAGGCCAUUUUCACAGCAUAUGAUAAUGCAAGCAAUGGAAACCGAACCCGCGGGGGAAUGAAGAGGGCUUACGACAUUUUGCAAUCAUUCCAACCGCAUUUCCCCGAGUCUACUGCAUUGAAGCAAAUCCACGCCCUCAUCGCAGCCACACAUGCGCUCUCAUAUUACUCUCUGACCCUUCAACAUGGUGUUCCAUUUCAACCGGUCAGCAUUCGAGUGCACCACGAUCCUCUCCUGUUGAUCGAGAAGGUUCUCGAACAAAAUGCAAGAAGCUACACUAAAUUGGACGACCUCCUCUCAAUUGGGCGAAACCUCGUCGCGGCAGGCGUGCCCACCCAAACCGCAAUGCAUGAAACGGAAGACGCAACCUCCCACCCUCAAUCAAAGGAGCAAACCCUUCUCACCGCUGAACGCCGGAUCAUCUCCCUGGCAAUAACAUCCGCCCUAUCCACCAACGAUUUCGAUGACAUCUCCUGGCGAGCCGUGUACAGCGCAGGCCGCUACCGCACAACAACACCAACAAACCCCCCACCCUCGCUAGCAACCCAAAUCACACACCUAUCCCAGAGAAUGGAACUUCUCAGCCUCUCCCUCGUCCUCACGCCAUCCCCCGACCCCCUCCCCGAAAUCCUCGGCGCCUGGCGCCGCUGCGACGAAGAACUGACGUCCCUGCGCGCCCGCGAACAACAAGAAGAAGACCUCUGGGAUCGCAAAGGCGACACGCUCUCGUCCGUCCCGGGCGGAUUCGGGCCCUCCGAUUCCGAGCGCGACGCCUUCGACACAGAGCAGCAGCGGGCUGCGCGGCGCGCUCGCGCCCGCGCUGCCCUGCCGAACUCGCAUCGCCAUGAGGCGCCCAUGGGCCUCUUUGAGGUUGCGCGCGGUGCGGCAAUGGCUAUUCACAAGAAUGCGUUUCCGCUGCGUGGGGCGGCGGAGCAGGUUGAUGAUGAGCGGCCUCUGUCGCCGGAUAGUGAGGGUCGUGUGCGGAAGAGGGAUAUGGUUAGUAAUAUGGUGACUGGUGGGCUGGUUAGUGGUAUUGGGUGGGUUAUUGGGGCCAAUCCUAAGUAG